AUGACUCAGAACACUGAUAUGAGACUUGAAUCGGGGACUUGCAAUGUGUGCUCGGCUCCUUGUUCAUCUUGCAUGCAUCUUAAUCAUGCUCUCAUGGGGUCAAAGGCUGAAGAGUUUUCUGAUGAGAACUGUCGCAUAGGAGCAGCUAUUGAUCAAUGUUCUAUGGAUGAGGAUAAUGCAUAUUCUCUUAGGAGCAGAGCUUGUGAAAGCUCACAGCACACUGUUAGUGAAGCAAGCAAUAUGCAGAGUGUUAUUUCAAGUCAUGAUGCUCUGUCUGAAAAAGCCAAGAGUAGACAGAUCGAACUGAAUAAGUAUGAAGAUUCCAAGCAUUUAGAAGGUCAUGAUGACAAUACAUCUUGUAUUAGUAGAGCCAGUGAUACUAAUUUAGUGAAUGGAAGUCAUCAAAGGAAUGAAGAGCAAACUAUAAUGCAUGUGGAAAGGGAUUCAUGUUCACCUGUGUCAGAAAAAUUGUCAGAUUGCUCCAUUGGGAAUUUUAGUUCAUCAUUGACCAAAGAGAGGGAACAUGUUGUUUCUGGUGAGAAAUGUAUUGCUGUUAAGGAUGGCCUUAUUGAAAGUACUUCCAACAUUUCACUAAAAGUAUGUCCAAAGAUAGAAUCAGAUACUGAUGUCUGCGGAGCUAACAAUGAAGAUCCUAAAUGUUCAGUCCCAGAUGGACAAUGUGAGAAAGCUGCAGAGCUGGUUAAGUCGCCUGCCAAGCAGGAACCUCAAUCUGAUGACGAGAGUGAUGAAUCAGAUGUUGUGGAGCAUGAUGUAAAGGUGUGUGACAUCUGUGGAGAUGCUGGUCGUGAGGAUCUACUUGCCAUAUGUAGUAGGUGCAGUGAUGGUGCAGAGCACACAUACUGCAUGCGAGAAAUGCUUGAUAAAGUCCCUGAAGGGGAUUGGUUAUGUGAAGAAUGCAAAGAUGCAGAGGAGAAUGAAAAUAAGAAACUGGCACCCGUAUCUACAUACAUUUAUGGUGCUGACAUUUGUGGAAUUGAAUUUUGUGGUUCAGAUGUUGAAGACAAAAAAAUUGUUGAAGUUAGUUCAACCUCACAAGUUUCUAGCAAAAGACUUUCAGAUAACAUUGAAGUAGCUCCAGCAGCAAAAAGACAAGCUCUUGAAUCAAAUACAGGAUCACCAAAGACGUCAAGCCCCAAGAGAUUAGUACCACUAUCCCGGGAAUCUUCAUUUAAGAGCUUAAAUAAAUCUAAAGUGAAGCCUGGUCUUGUUAUACCCAGUCGAAACAACUCUGGUGGUAGUGACACAGAGAUUGUUCGCUCUCCUUCCGUUGGUCCCCGGGGACAAACUGCAAAGGGUAUGUUGAUGAAGUCUAAUUCAUUCAACAACAUAAAUUCCAAGCCAAGAGUCAAACUUGUAGAUGAAGUUGUUCCUCAAAAACUAAAAGGGGGUCAUGAACAUGCUUCAAAGAACAUGGAGAUACCUGCUCGGAUGACUGGCAAAUCAACAUUAUUCAAAUCUUCAAGUUUGGGCCGAACAAAUGCAACUGAAUCAAAAGUUAAAAUGCUUUCACCCAAGGCCGCAACUACACAGGAUUUAAAAGGAUCUAGACAUUUAAAAGAUUCAGGUGCAUUUGACAGGAAAAUUCCAUCUAGGAUUGAUCGGUCUGUGGUUAGUUCUGUUGUUUCUACUCCUAAGGGUGAUCAAAGGCUUACACCUCGUGCUGAAUCCAGUAAACCUUCAUCAUUGAACAACAAUAGAGAGUUGAAGGCUAAUCAGGACGGAAAAUCAAGUGCAUUAUCAAGGUCAAUGAGUAAUAUAAACCGGAAAAGUUUGGAGCCUCAAGUUAUUUCAGGUGUAAUCUCUAUUCCUGCUAUUGUGUUUUCUUUGGGGACAGGGGUUAAGAGAACAUCAACCCGUGUUGAUGAAGCUCAACAGGAUGUGAUUCCUCGAACACGGGAGACAGCUAAUCAGAUUGAGAAAAGCAGAGAUAGUUCUAGUGAUCGGGGAAGGCCUGCUGUUCCUACUUCAAAAAACCCAUUUGGCCAUGCUAUGGAAUGUUGCACCGCUGGCACUACUCAGGAAUCUGGUGCUGAAAUAUCUGUAACUACCUCAAGUAGUUCAAAAGAGGAGGCACAUAAAGACAAUAUAUUGAAAGCUGCUAUCCAGGCUGCAUUGCUUAGAAGGCCUGAAAUUUACAAAAAGAAAGAAGUGUCUAACCAAACUGACGAGGUUUCUACUUCAGCCACGGAGUUGAAUUGUGAAGUAACUUCAAAAGACCAAGUCUUGGUUACCAGCACACUGAAGAAUAGUAUUUCUGUUGAAGAAACCCAUGAACAACAGGAAAUCCUUGAGAAUUCUACAUCAGAUUCUUCCAAAUGUUCAUCUGCCAACGAUUUGAAGCAAAUCAAGUCUUGUCCAACUGACUUUCCAUCCCAACCAGGAAAGUCUGGUUCCAUUUGUGUUGAAGCUGGAAAACUAGUGAGAGACAUGUCUGAUAAAGCCGUGACAUUGUCAAUUGUUCCUUCCAAGAUGUUGGCCUUUCCUGAAUACGAAUACAUCUGGCAGUAUGGAACAUCUUAUGAUGAAACUAGCUUGUCUCUAGUGGGUGUCUUUGAAGUGCAUAGAAAUGGAAAGCCUCCUGAUUUAUACACCGGACUUCAGGCGCAUUUAUCCUCUUGUGCUUCUCCUAAGGUUCUUGGAGCAGUGAAGAAGUUUCUACCAAAAGUUCCCCUUAAUGAAGCUUCUCGUUUGAGCAUGUGGCCUUCACAAUUUCAUCAUGGUGGUCUUAGUGAACAUAAUAUAGCUCUUUACUUCUUUGCCAGGGAUGUUGAAAGGCAUGCUUUUGGUGGAGAGUUCGUCCUUGACAAUUGGGCAUACUUGGCUUGCAGUUUUGAUGACUGA